AUGUGGAACGUAGUUUCAAGCGUACUUUCGUUCUGCUUUCAACCUGCAAGAAAUUUGUUUCUUGAACAGACCAAGUAUAUACUCAAACUGGAAGAUCAUCUUGAGGCUUUGCAAGAGGUUUCGUUAAGCCUCACAGCAGUGAAGGAUGACUUGCAGAACCAAAUCGAGAUGGAAGAACGAAAAGGUUUGAGAGUGCUCAAAGAAUUCAACGAUUGGCUUUCAAAAGUCGAAGCCAUCCAGCCAAAGGUCACUAAACUGCUUGAAGAUAGUACUGCAGAAGUCGACAGAUUGUCUAUGUGCGGGUACUGCUCCAGCAACUUGUUUUUAACCUAUUGUUAUGGUAAAGAUGUAUUCGAAACGUUGGAGAGAGUAAAAAGUAUUAUGUCCUCAAAACCUUCUGGCGAGGUGGCUAGGAUGGGUCCUCCACCUGGUAUAGUGAAGAUGAUCACUCAACGCACAGUCGGUUUAGAGAAGAUGCUGGAAGUUACAUGGAGACGUCUCAUGGAGAAGGAAGUUGGAAUCUUGGGUCUCUACGGUAUGGGUGGUAUAGGGAAAACCACACUUCUCAAACAACUCAAUAAUAAGUUACUUGAAAAAAGGGACGAGUUUGAGGUCGUGAUAUAUGCAGAGGUGUCUAAAAAUAUACAAGUUGAAAAGAUCCAAAAUGAGAUUGGGGAAAGACUAGGCCUCUGUGGGCAGGUGUGGGAGAAGAAAACUCAAAACGAGAAAGCGUCUGGUAUAUAUGAUGCUCUUACAAGGAAAAGAUUCGUUAUUUUAUUAGAUGACAUAUGGAGGAAAUUGAAGAUAGAAGAAGAUAUUGGAAUUCCAUUACCCUCACCAAAAAAUGGAAGCAAGGUUGUCUUUACCACUCGCUUGCAAACAGUUUGUGGGCGUAUGGGAUCUCAUGACUUGGAAGUCAAGCAACUAGACCCAGGGAAUGCUUGGGAACUAUUCCGACAGAAAGUUGGAGAUAGCACACUAGCAAGUGAACCAAAGAUCAACGAGCUAGCAAUACAAAUAUGUGAAAAAUGUCAAGGCUUACCCCUAGCACUCAACGUUAUUGGGGAAACAAUGGCACGCAAAACGUCAAUACACGAUUGGAAGUGUGCGAUCGCUGAUCUGGAAUCAAAUGCGGCUGGCUAUCCCGAAGUUAAAGACGAGAUUCUUAAAGUUCUCAAGCUUAGCUAUGAUGAUCUUGAGAACGAGACAGAACAGCAAUGUUUCCAGUUUUGUGCUUUAUUGCCGGAUGAUGAGCUAAUUUCUAAAGAGGCGUUGGUCCAGUACUGGAUAUCCGAAGGGAUCAUAAAUGUAGAUGAUAGAGAAAGAGCUAUCGACCAUGGUUAUAGGAUAAUCGGCAUCCUCGUUAGUGCAUGUCUGUUGAUGCCUUUUUUCACUUUUGAGUAUGUAACAAUGCAUGAUGUGAUUCACCAAAUGGCUCUUUGGGCUGCGUCUAAUUUUGGGAAAGAGAAAGAGAAAGUUAUCGUCAAGACAGGUGCAGGACUGCAACAGAUGCCUGAGGAUAGGGACUGGAACGCGGUGACAAGGAUGUCACUGGCAAAAACUGAGAUUCAAAACAUCUCCAUCUCCCCGGAGUGUCCUAACCUUACCACAUUGCUGUUAACAUACAACAAUCUGGUGAACAUCUCAGGUGAUUUUUUUCUAUCGAUGCCGAAGUUAGUGAUUUUGGAUCUAUCGCACAACAAAAGCCUAACCAAGUUGCCGGAAGAAGUUUCAAGCUUAGUGAGCUUGCGACAUCUUGACUUAGCACAAACAAGUCUAGAGAACUUGCCUGUAGGAUUGGGAAAGUUGAUUCAGUUGAGAUAUUUUGAUUUGACAGAUGUACGAACUCUUCAAAGCAUCAGUGUGAUAUCAAGUUUGGUAAAUAUAGAAAUGCUAUUCUUACAUGAAGGUAGUAUUUUUUUAAGUCUGGAGUUGAUAGAGGAAAUCAAGUUAAUGAGGAAUUUGAAAGGCUUGGGGGUAACUAUCAAUAAUAUGGUUGUUUUAGAACGUCUUUUAAGUAUCCCCAAAUUGGCUAGCUGUAUCCAAUAUAUAACUCUAAAGGGAAUUGUAGCAAAAGACGGUCCUUUGCAGUUUGAAGCGGCUAGGGCUAGCCUUCGCUAUAUCAUGAUACGAGAAAGUUCCAUCUUUGAUAUAGUGGAGAAUACGAGAUAUGGAUGCAGAAGUACAAGUGCCAUAUCCUUCCAAAACCUCAGCCUUGUCAUUUUUUCUGGCGUCAGUGGUAUACAGGAUUUGUCGUGGUUAAUCUUCGCUCCAAAUCUUACGAUAGUAUCCGUAGAUGGGCCAUCACCGGAGUUGCAAGAAAUUGUAAGCAGUGAAAAGGUUUCUGGUGUACUACACAAGGGAUCGAGUAUUGUACCCUUUCGAAAACUACAUGCGAUUAGGUUAGUCAACUUGGAGGGACUGAAGAGUAUCUACUCAAAACUGUUGGAAUUGCCAAGUCUAAUGGCCAUGACGAUACGAAACUGUCCAAAGCUGAAAAAGCUUCCAAUCAGCACGAAGGUACUCGACUUUAUCCAACGUGUAGACAUAGUUGCAGACGAAGAAUUGUGUGAAAAGUUGGAAGAUGAAGCUACUGAAGACUCGGAAGAUGAAGCUACUGAAGACUCGAAAGAUGAAAUUACUGAAGACUCGGAAGAUGAAGCUACUGAAGACUAG